AAUCAUUACUUAUACGAUAUCUGCGAGCCGCCGAAUACUGCCAAUAUGCUUCCCACCACUGCAAACCGAAAACGAAAAGAUCGUUUCGAUUUUUAUCAACAAUACAUAGAUCGCGAUAUAUCAAGAGAAUCUUCAAUAAUGGUCCGCCCGAGAUUUCCCAAGCAUGACCUCUACAAAGCGCUAGAGGUCGAAAGCGAUGCGAGUUUGGAAGAUAUCAAGAAGGCGUACAGAGAAUUAUGCAAGAAAGUGCAUCCGGAUAAAGCGGAAGGGGGGAACACGCCCGAGAAUAACGAGAGAUUUACGCAGGUCCAGGAGGCCUGGGAAAUUCUCCGUGAUGAUGUCUUGAGACGAGAGUACGACCAGUAUCGUGCCAACAGCGCCAAGGACAGCAGCCGGCGCGACGAAAAAGAUGGCGAUUCCGGCCGCAGACACAGGGAGCGCAAGGAGCGGAAAGAACGAAGCGAACGAAGCGGUAAGAAAGAACACAAUCCCCGCGGCAGCGCAAAACCGAAGGCAGACCGAACUCACAGCAAGAAAGGGGACAAAUACGAGCCUAAGCCGAAUCGCAACCGAAAGCCUUAUUGCGAAGACUGGUCAGAGAGCGACCAUCGGGACGGGAGCAAGUCAUACCAGUCUGGACCGGAACCAGGCAGUUGGCACUACGGCACUCCGCCAUUUUACGGACCCGGAGGCCCACCUCCUCCGCCUCCUCCACAGUACGGUCCCUAUGAUCAGUACACCCGAGGCUCCCGCGGCCCGAAUCCGGUUAAACUUGAAGACCGCAUCCUGGGGAUGCGAAUUCGAGUUGAUCUAAACCAAGCCGACCGAGACUUAGACAAUCUGCAGGCCGACUUCACCGGUUUUAUCACGAGCUUUAAGGCCCGGUUCAAUUUCCCGGAUGCCGAAAAGCGCCGCUGGAGUGCGAUGUUUGAAGACGUCAACAGCGCCGUGCAGUUCUUGGAGGACAUGUACGACAUCCUCGACAGCCGAUUGGAAGCUGUCGAAACCGGUCGCGGGAAAGUCAUCAUGACUCUCGACCUCCCCGAGCUUAUGGGUAUUCUUCAAGCCCACAUCACUAGGAUGAAGUACUCGCUCAUGGCAGCGCUCAUCAUCCUAGAUCAGCUUUUGGGUUAUAUACCCUACGAGGCCGAGUUAUAUCUUCUCCACACCCUAGAGGGUAGACUGUACGUAUUGGCAUGGCCCGCGUGGAUACCCGCCGACUAUAGUAAGCCAGCGAAGUACUAAUUGUAUACAUAGGAACGCGAUGCAACAAUCUAAAACAUCGAAUCCACCCCAGACCUCAUCCUGAGAUCCCACGCCCUUAUAGAAAAGCGAGAUGCCCAAGCAAUAUGAAGGAGGCACGUAUAAAGGAAUGGGAGUACAAAAUAUUGUUUAAUACUAAUGGGGUUCUGGAUGUCUGUAUGAUAUGAGCUAAGGGGCGUUGGCGAUCAUUCUAGAUAUUAACAGGGAGAGAGUAGAUGUAUCCUCAACCUAGUAUAUAAACGAAUGCCUUUACAUAUAAAAAAUGCACGAUUCAGAUGUCUUUAUUUUUUCUUCGAAAUUCGACCGAAUGUUCUUUGUCGUUUCGAGAACUGAUUCUCAUGUUUGAUCUCGAUAUCCUUGUUAUUAUAUGUAGAAUAAAGAUGCCGAAUCUCAUGUGGUACACGCUAGAUUUUACUGUGCUGCUGUGUCAAGUAAGUAUUGCUGUCAAUGUAAAUCCAUUUUCCAUUAGCUACGUGGCAGCCAAUUGGCUAUUAUGAAGGUAAAAAGAAGGACAGCAUGCUGGGAUAUGCCUAGAAACUGGGAAGUCUGUUAUGCAAAUUGAUAAUAAACUCGCUCCCGUACGGGACACUGGCCUUGCUGUAGCUAGAGGGAGCGGCUAGCCAGCAAUACGAUGGUGGGUGCGUGGUCGUAGUGUGAU